CAACGGUCACAAAUUUAUGGCCACAUUCUUACGUCAGCCUACGUUUUGCUCGCACUGUCGAGAGUUUAUAUGGGGGCUAGGCAAACAAGGAUACCAAUGCCAAGUCUGCACGUGCGUCGUUCACAAAAGGUGCCAUAGUUCAGUCGUAACCAAAUGUCCAAAGAAGAAAGAUGAGUCCUCCUCCAAGCAGCAACAAGCCCAGCCGACGCCCCAGGAUGCGGCCCAGCGCUUCAAUGUAAAUAUACCACAUAGGUUUUCAGUGCACUCGUUCAAGCGGUUGACGUUCUGCGAUCACUGCGGCUCGCUGCUGUACGGCAUCAUCCGGCAGGGCCUGAAGUGCGAGGUCUGCAACAUGAACAUCCACCGGCGCUGCGAGGGCAACGUGGCCAACAACUGUGGCAUCAACACGAAGCAGCUGGCCGAGCUGCUGAACGAGAUUGGCAUCACCAUGGAUAAAACACCACCACGUAGAUCUAAGCAGUAUUUAAACCAAGCGCCUAGUGAUAACUCAUCGAUCUCGGAGCGGAGCGACGACAGCUCGCUGGACUCGAUGUCGACCAAAAGCAGCCAGGACAUCGACCCGUCGCUCCAGGGUUCGCAGCUAACGCUGAUCAGCCGGGCCUCGUCCAGCCAGCCGUCGAAAUCGAGCGGAACGGCCGGCACGACCAGCCACGAUGACGACAGCAACCGGGCGGCCGGCGGUGGCCACCUGAUCGGCAAAACGUGCCUGACUGACUUCAACUUCAUCAAAGUGCUCGGCAAGGGUUCUUUCGGCAAGGUCAUGCUGGCCGAACGGAAGGGCACCGACGAGGUGUACGCCAUCAAGGUGCUGAAGAAGGACGUGAUCCUGCAGGACGAUGACGUGGACUGCACGAUGACCGAGAAGCGAAUUCUGGCCCUGGCCGCCAAACAUCCAUUCCUGACCGCACUGCACUCGUGCUUCCAGACCCCAGACCGUCUGUUUUUCGUCAUGGAGUACGUCAACGGGGGCGAUCUGAUGUUCCAGAUUCAGAGGGCGCGAAAGUUUGACGAACCGCGGGCAGCGUUCUACGCAGCCGAGGUAACGCUGGCGCUGCAAUUCCUACACCGGAACGGUGUAAUCUACCGCGAUUUGAAGCUGGACAACAUUCUGCUCGAUGCCGAGGGUCACUGCAAGUUGGCCGACUUCGGCAUGUGCAAGGAGGGCAUCACCGGUGAUAAUUUGACCUCUACGUUCUGCGGCACGCCCGACUACAUUGCUCCGGAGAUUCUGCAGGAACUGGACUACGGUCCCUCAGUUGAUUGGUGGGCUUUGGGUGUGCUGAUGUACGAAAUGAUGGCCGGACAGCCACCGUUCGAGGCGGACAAUGAAGACGAUCUGUUCGAAGCGAUCCUCCGAGAUGACGUGCUCUAUCCGGUGUGGUUGUCCCGUGAAGCCGUUUCGAUUUUGAAGGGAUUCAUGACCAAGAAUGCAGCCAAGCGGUUGGGCUGUGCCGAUGGCGAAAACCAAAUCCGCACCCAUCCGUUCUUCAAGGAUAUGGAUUGGGAAGCGCUCGAGCAGCGUAAAGUGCGUCCACCAUUCCGACCACGAGUGCGAAGUGCCCGCGACGCGCUCAAUUUCGACACCGAGUUCACCAAGGAAGAUCCCGUACUGACCCCGGUGCCGAACGACAUCAUCCGCUGCAUCAACCAGGAGGAAUUCGCCGGCUUUUCGUUUGUGAAUCACGAGUUUGGACCGGAGCGAAAGCUCGUUUGUUAAAGCUUUGGUCUCGUUUUGGAAGAAGAAAAAAAAACGGAUAUGGAACACUGCCGGUCGCAAGAGGACCGCACUGUGUGUUGCACCUUCCCCUUCCUAGCGUAAUAUACUAGUCUAGUAAACGAGGUCCCUGCAAAUGGCGACGGUGCUCACUGGGCCCAACAAAGUGGUUCCGAUUUUGAAGACAAAAAAAGCCGAAUUUAACCGACAGUCGCACACAAUUAUUUUAUAUUUUAUAGUUAAGUAGCAAACAAAACAAAAAUGUUGAGUGAUUUCCAAAGCCACGUAACCGGAAGGAUGUGUCACCAAAUGUUUAUUUUCGCCUAUUAUCUAGUCCAAUUGAGUGGCCAAUUGUGUACCCAACACGUCUUCAAAACACUACUAGGACCCCAAUGUCACUUGGUUCGGAUUUGCAGGACAGACCGACAACAAAUAAGCUAGAACACAUGGAUAAUGGUAACAAAAAAAAAAUGCGCGUGCUUACCGCUUACAAAGUGAUAAAACCAAAGAAUUAAACAAACUAAAAGCAGAACUACACAAACAAAAUACAAGAAAAAAAAUGAAACAGAUGCUCUAGAGGCGAUGGAAUAAGAGCACUUUGGAUGUUAGGAUAAACGAUUUAGAAAUGAUCGGAUUCGAGUGAGUGCUCCUAUUUUAAACCCCGUUUUACCACAUUCUGUUGGAUUGUACUUUCGACUAAUAAGUAUUUGCUAAUUGGAACUUUGAAAUUUUGACAAAAGCGAAAAACCGAUACGAGCAUUCACUUGAUUGUCAUUUUACGUGUGUAGAGUGUGAUGGUUGGAUUGAUAUCGGCAAGAGCAAAAAUAUCCUUUUUAUGUUUUGUUGAAGAUCGUCCUUAUUAUAAGGUAGAAAUGUUCGCAAGCGAACGUUCGCAACCUAUCAUAGUCAUUACGUUUUGUAGGAAGAAACGUGGGAAUCUGGAAAAGUUGGCAAACUGCAAGAUACACAAAUUCUGUGCGUUAUAUUUUGCAUAGUUUUAGGCUAAAUCUCGUUUCCUUAACUUUUUUUUUGCUUUAACACGGUCUUAACCGAAAUGAUACGAACGCAUUUGAAAUGCACACACACUUUGUUGAAGAAUCUGGUUGUUAGGUAGCUUAUAUUUAGUUUAAGCUUUAUCGCCAUAAUCGUGCGAAGGGAAAAAAACCGAUGGCACGUUUGCAAUUGAUUAGCAAAAAAAAAACAUCACACAAUUUGUUUGAGAAACAAGUAAAACAACUGCUUUAUUUAAUACUUUAAAUAAUUGCUUGUGUGUCAAACUAUAUAAACUAAUGUGCAAUAUCUUUAUUAUUAUUUUAUCAAUACACAAAAACAUCAUCUGAUCAGAAAAAACAGUAUCGACGUAAUCUCAUUGUUUAUAGUUACUUAUUAUAUUAGAUUCAAAUGUUGCUUAUACAUUGUAUUCCUUUGAAUAAUU